AUGAUACCCAGCAGAGCGUUGAGGUGUUCAAACCAGGCGGUGGCUCUAGGUAGACGGCGGAUUGAAUCAUAUGGAAUUAGACAGUUCUCUUCAAAUGUACAUCGACCCAUUAGAAAUAAUACACAUCUUUCGAAUAAAGGCAACAGCACAUUAUUCUCACAGUCAAUUACUCGAUCGUCCCUCUCAAAACCCAAUACCUUGCUUCGAAAUGCCACAUCCAUACGUUUUGCAUCAACCACACCCUCCGCCAUACCUCCUGUGAAUUCCUCGAUCCCCUCAGUCGAAACCUCCACACCCGAGUUCAGACCUACCCCGCUCGAUGUCACCCCGGAUAUCAAUGCUGAUAUUCUUUCCGCACCCGAACACAUUGGUUACCUCCACUCUCUUGGUCUUGACUAUGGAUGGGGUCCCACAGCUGUCACGGAAUGGAUGCUGGAGCAUAUCCACGUCCUUGCCGGAACUCCCUGGUGGGUAUCCAUCAGUCUUGCGGCUGUCGCAUGGAGGAUUAUCUUGAUCAAGCCCUUUCUCGAUGCCGCCGAGAAUGCAUCUCGAAUGGCUGCAAUCAAAGAUUUUACUGCUCCCGUCCAGGCUCAGAUGAUGGAGGCGAAAAAGAAGGGGGACACAGCGGAGAUGAUGUUGCAUAGAGCAGAAUUACAGCGCAUACAUAAGCGCGCGGGGAUUUCGAUUUGGAAAAGUUUUGUGCCGGCAGUACAGAUUUUCAUUGGAUACGGAACGUGGAAAUUGUUGAGGCAGAUGUCUGAUGUACCUGUUCCGGGGCUCUUGGACGGAGGAAUUUUGUGGUUCUACAAUUUAAGUAUUCCAGAUCCUUAUUUCUUAUUGCCAUUGGCUACAAGUGGAAUCUUGCAUUUCGUUUUGAAGAAAGGUGGAGAUACCGGUGUCAGUAAUCUCACACCCGGAAUGGUGACUGCGAUGCUAUGGGGUAUGCCUCUCCUCUCUAUGCUCUUCACAUCAUUUAUGCCCGCUGCUGUUCAAUUAUCGUUCUUGGUAUCUUCCUCCUUCUCCUUUGGCCAGGCCACACUUUUCCGCAACCCUAAGUUCCGAUCUUGGGCAAACAUGACUCCUAUCCCAACCCAGAACCUAUCAACACCCCAAAGUACCCUAAGGAUGAGAGAGGUUCCAGGAUCUGGAGGAGAGGCUAUUCCCACAAAGAGAUUCUCGUUAGAUGGCAGUUUGGGAAAUGUAAUGGACGGGUUCCAGAGCGCCAAAAAAGGUGUUCUUGAUAGUGCAAAAGAAAGAAGAGCAAAGUCAGAUGAUGCAUCAGCGAAGGCUAGAGCUGCUGCUUAUGAGGAGAGGAGAAAGAGAGAGAUUGCAGAAGAACAAAAUGCGAGAAGGAGAGAAGAGAGAGAAAGAAGACAAAUGGAGAAAUCAGGGGGAAGAAGAAGGGGCAGAAGAGGAUGA